AUGCUAGCAGCAGGGGACAAGGCCCUCGGCCAGGGGCGCGGACACUAUCAAGAGGCACUCUCCAAGUAUACCGGUGUCCUCACCCGCUGGCCCAAGAAUGAGCGUGCCCUGUACAGUCGUGCCGAGCUCUACUCAAUGAUGCGGCAGCGCGCGGCAGCGCUGGACGACGUGAACAUGCUCCUGAGCAUCAGCAAGGAGCAUCCACAGGGACUGGCACUGCGUAUGUCGCUGAACAUGCAGCUGGGCAAUCUCUUGGACGCCCACCGGGAUGGCCAGCUCCUUGUACGCGUCUAUAAAGCGCUCAAUAAGCCUGAGAGAGCGCAGAAGACGGCGGAGCAGGUUCGCCAUCUGGAGCGGUACACGGCGCGUUGGACGGCCCUGUCGGACUUGUGGUCGCAGCCGGUGGCGGCAUACACAGUAGUCCCCAACGACGCGGGCCUCCUGCGCAAGUACAAAGAAUGCGUCGAUCUCCUAGCCAAAGUAAUUCGCGAAUUUUCGAGCGACAGCGUAGAGCUCCGGCUACGUCGUGCUGCCUGUGCGCUAGCAUCAGGCGAUAACAUCGCCGCCACGCAGGAACUCAAAUAUGUCACUCAGCGCAGCCCACAGAACCUCGACGUCAUCGCCCUCAACGCACAAGCGCUGCGCAGCCUCGGCGCGCUGGAUCAGUCUAUAUCGGAACUGCGCCGCUGUCUUAGCUUUGACCCCGAGCAUAUUCCGUGUGCAAACCUGCACAAACUGAUCCGCCAGCAGCAGCGCAUGAUGAAGAACAUAGUGAAGGGACUGCAGGACAAGAAGUUUGAGACGGUAAUACAGCUGAUCGCCGAGGCCCGCGCAGCGGAGCCGAACGCGCCGUACGAAGAGCAGUUGGCGGCGUGGCAUUGCGAAGCGCUUGUGGGUUUGCGCAAUACAGACGAGGGUAUUCGUGUAUGUCAGGCGCUUGUGGACCGCUACGACGGCGCGAGCAGCCCCACCGUCUUCGAGGCACACAUCCGCCUUGUGGAGUUGCACCUGCUUGAUGACAACACAGCAGCAGCAGAGGCGGCGCUGCAGAGGGCACACGAGCUGCGGCAGCACGACAGUAAGGUGGAGGAGAUGCGAGUGAAGAUCGAGAAAUUGAAGCGCAGCGGUGCUCGCAAGGACUACUACAAGAUAUUGGGUCUCAAGAAGACGGCAUCGGCGCAGGACAUCCGACGUGCGUACCGCAAGCUGGCCAAGUCAAGCCAUCCCGACCAGCUGCGCUCGAGGGACAUGACGGAGAAGGAGCGAGAACGGCAGGAGAAGAUGUUCCGUGAUGUCAAUGAGGCGAAGGAGGUGCUCCUGGACGAGGAAAAGCGCGCCCGGUAUGACAAUGGGGAGGACGUCAACCAGCCCUCUGCGCAACGGGGUGAGCCGUCUUUCGGUACCAGCUUUGCCGGCGGCUUUCCGGGAGGUUUCCCGGGUGGCUUUCCAGGCGGCUUUCCAGGCGGCUUCCCGGGGGGUUUCCCGGGAGGUUUCCAUCAGCAGCGCGGCGGUCAUCAUCAGUUCUUCUUCUUCAAUCAGGAGAACUAA